UGGGACCUACCACCAAAAAGCAACAGAGUAAGGUUGCCCAACGGCUCUGUCAUGACACGGAAGAUGCUCAAGCUUUGCACCCUCAGCAUCCUCCUUUGCCUCCUUGCCCCUUCACAGGGGACCACCCGAGGGACUGUGGUGAGGGUCAACCAAGAAGCCCUUGAGUAUGUAUGCCAGGAAGGGAGGCCAUUCUUGCUGAAGGGUCUGCUGGUCAUAAAGGUCCCAAAUUUGGUCGGUCAAGGAGGGCUUGUUGGAUCACUGCUGAACGUUGUGGGAAUCAAAAUCCUGAAAGCUGAACUUCCUCAUCUCUCUGUAAAACUAAUCCCAAAGACUGGUAUUCAGCUUUCGCUCGGUGCUGAGUUGCGCGUUAGAGCCAAUCUCUUGGUUGCUCCCUUGGAGCUGAAGGUGGGAUCUUCCAUCUUGCUUGAUGUCCGUGUCCUGCGCAGCCCCCACGGCUUCCCCAUCUUGAGUAUCACUGCUUGCAAGUCCCUUCUGGGAGAUGUGGACAUUAUCCUGGGUGGAAGCAAUGUGCUUGGCUUCCUGAAACCUAUUCAGAACCACCUCCGUGCUGUCUUGGUCGACAAGAUGUGCCUGAGUAUCUCCAGCACGAUUUUGGGAUUGAAUGCCAAGCUGAGUACUUUGGUCGGCCUGAAUUCCAUCAACCCGAUGUCCCACCUCCAGUACUCCAUGAUGGAAUCACCUGAGAUCACCAGCAAUUACAUGGAUCUGGAUUUAAAUGCUGUCUUUGCACUGAUGGGGAAGCCCAUCAAUGUUGAACCCGCUAGUCCUGUGCCCGCUAUCUACCUGCCACCCCUGGAGACUGUUUCCUCCGGCUCCAUGGUGAACAUGGGCCUCUCACAGCAUCUGUUCGCCAACCUUUUUUCCACCCUGGAACAAUCUGGAGCCUUUAACCUCAACAUUGGAAGCCAUUCGAGCUCUGGAGACUACCACCUGACCACAUCCAUGCUGGAAUCUGCCAUCCCCUCAAUCUCACAACGGUUCCCAGAGGAUGUUGCCCUUGGACUCAACGUGGUCCUAAGUAAAGCCCCCAUCAUUAGCUUCCACAAGGGUGGUGCUGUCGUGUGCCUUAGCCCCACCAUCCAGAUCGUUGUGGCUGUAUCCGGAUCUUCCUACAAGUCCCAGACCCUCUGCAGCCUGGGCGUGGACGUGAGCUUAGGCCUCAAGUUGGCUGUCACAGCAACAAGCCUUCAGGUCUCAGUUGCCUUGCAUGGAGAUGUCGGUCUGGAGGUGGUGUCUUCCAGUCUGAAGAUAACAGAGGUCUCCCAGUUGAGAAGAGUGGUCCUCUCCAUAUUUGAGGACGCCUUCCUGGCUCACUUGAAUGCUGUUCUGAGUGUGGGGAUUUCUCUUCCCAAGCUGAGCAACGUCAAUUAUGUUGACCCACAGAUAGAGAUUCAUGAGGGUUAUGCUCAGGUGAACUGUGACCUUGACUACGAGCCCUGAGCUGAACAGAAGAACAAAGGCAGGGGGGGCUCAGCUCUUCUCUUUCAGGCACAGCGACCUCUGCUCUCUUCCCCUGCAAAUGUCAUUGCUUAAAGAAUGAAGGGGACUCGACGUUCCAAUAGGAGAUGAGCAUGGAUGUGAGCCAGAACUCAUUUACUCAGAAGUAAGGCCCAUUAACUUCAUGGGAACUUACUUCCCAGUAAAUGUGCAUAGCAGGAACCUGCCUUAGUUAUGCAUUUUGCUUUCUCAUUCUUUUCCUGUAAAUGAU